AUGAGAGUCCAGAGUCAUCCAGCGCUGGUUCUUCACCCUCGCUCUGCAGUCAUCCAGCGCUGGUUCUUCACCCUCGCUCUGCAGUCAUCCAGCGCUGGUUCCUCACCCUCGCUCUGCAGUCAUCCAGCGCUGGUUCUUCACCCUCGUUCUACAGUCAUCCUGUGGUGGUUCCUCACCCUCGCACUAGUCAUCCAGUCGUGGUUCCUCACCAUCGCACUAUGUGAAGAGAAACCUCUAGCUCUCGACCGUCUCUUCAGAAUCGGGUUUUCGCAGAAGCCAGGCGAGAACGAGGUGAAAUAUAAAUUGAGGGAAAAGAAGAGAUUAUCCAAUCCCUUGAUUGCUUUAAAAAUGGGAUAUUUAGAAGUAGAUUCCAACAGUGAGGAGCUUGUAGCUUCCAGCACUGAGGAGCCUGUAGCUCCCAACACUGAGGAACUUGUAGCUCCCAGCACUGAGGAGCUACCAUCGCCCAGGGACGUAACAAAAAAAUGCAAGACCAGGAAAAGGAUUCAAAAUCCAUUGAUCGCUCAGAAGAGAGAGUUAAAAGAGCCCAACGAGAGUGAGGUACUAUGUUUGGAGCCUCGCCCACAGUGUGAAGAGAAACCUCUAGCUCUCGACCGUCUCUUCAGAAUCGGGUUUUCGCAGAAGCCAGGCGAGAACGAGGUGAAAUAUAAAUUGAAGGAAAAGAAGAGAUUAUCCAAUCCCUUGAUUGCUUUAAAAAGGGGAUUUUUAGAAGCAGAUUCCAACACUGAGGAACUUGUAGCUCCCAGCACUGAGGAGCUAGUAGCUCCCAGCACUGAGGAGCUUGUAGCUCCCAACACUGAGGAACUUGUAGCUCCCAGCACUGAGGAACUUGUAGCUCCCAGCACUGAGGAGCUUGUAGCUCCCAACACUGAGGAACUUGUAGCUCCCAGCACUGAGGAGCUUGUACCUCCCAACACUGAGGAACUUGUAGCUCCCAACACUGAGGAACUUGUAGCUCCCAGCACUGAGGAACUUGUAGCUCCCAGCACUGAGGAACUUGUAGCUCCCAACACUGAGGAACUUGUAGCUCCCAGCACUGAGGAGCUUGUAGCUCCCAGUACUGAGGAACUUGUAGCUCCCAACACUGAGGAACUUGUAGCUCCCAGCACUGAGGAGCUUGUAGCUCCCAACACUGAGGAACUUGUAGCUCCCAACACUGAGGAACUUGUAGCUCCCAGCACUGAGGAGCUUGUAGCUCCCAACACUGAGGAGUGUUCAGUUCCCAGCACUGAGGAGCUUGUAGUUCCCAGCACUGAGGAGCGUUCAGUUCCCAGCACUGAGGAGCUUGUAGCUCCCAGCACCGAGGAACUUGUAGCUCCCAGCACUGAGGAGCGUUCAGUUCCCAGCACUGAGGAGCUUGUAGCUCCCAGCACUGAGGAGCUUGUAGCUCCCAGCACUGAGGAGCUAGUAGCUCCCAGCACUGAGGAGCGUUCGGUUCCCAGCACUGAGGAGCUUGUAGCUCCCAGCACUGAGGAGCUUGUAGCUUCCAGCACUGAGGAGCUUGUAGCUCCCAACACUGAGGAGCGUUCAGUUCCCAGCACUGAGGAGCUUGUAGUUCCCAGCACUGAGGAGCGUUCAGUUCCCAGCACUGAGGAGCUUGUCGCUCCCAGCACUGAGGAGCUUGUAGCUCCCAGCACUGAGGAGCUUGUACCUCCUAGCACUGAGGAGCUUGUAGCUCCCAGCACUGAGGAGCUUGUAGCUCGCAGCGAUCAGGAGAUUGUAGCUCCCAGUGCUCAGGAGCUUGUAGCUCCCAGCGCUCAGGAGCUUGUAGCUUCCAGCACUGAGGAGCGUUCAGUUCUCAACGCUCAGAAGCUUGUAGUUCCCAGAGCUCAGGAGCUUGUAGCUCCCAGCGCUCAGGAGCUUGUAGCUCCCAGUGUUCAGGAGAUUGUAGCUCCCAGCACUGAGGAGCUUGUAGAUCCCAGCACUGAGGAGCUUGUAGAUCCCAGCACUGAGGAGCUUGUAGCUCCCAGCACUGAGGAGCUUGUAGCUCCCAGCACUGAGGAGCUUGUAGCUCCCAGCGCUGAGGAGCUUGUAGCUCCCAGCGCUGAGGAGCGUUCAGUUCCCAACAAUGAGGAGCUUAAAGCUCCAAGCGCUGAGGAGCUAUCAGUUCCCAACACGGAGGAGUCUGCGGCCCCCAGCUUUCAGCAGAAGUCUCCUACACGCAAUGAAUCUAUUUUCAGAAGUGACAACACUACCAGCCCUGAGCAGGAUUCUCCUGUGCCCAGUUGUGAGGCGGCCAUAUCCGGAAGGAAAAUUGUCACUGCACGUAGAGCACAUAUCUAGGUAACUUCCCCGGUAUCAAACACUGUGGCCCAGACCCAAAAUGAACCACUUGGCUUCGUUUCUCCUCCAGUGGAGAACGGUGCAUCUGGUGGUAACGUUUUUAAGUUUCAGGGCGCCGAGAAGAUGGUAUCGCCAACAAACAACGUUGGGAAUCAGUUGUGUAAUGCUGGAAGACGAACCGUGCGUGCUCGACGAAAAAUGUAGGGGGAUACCUUGGUCCUCCCCGUGGUCCAGAAUAACACUGGAGAUAAUAAAGAAUCUAUUUCCAGAAGUGACAUCACUACUGAGCAGGAUUCUCCUGUGCCCAGUUGUGAGGCGGCCACAUCCGGAAGGAAAAUUGUCACUGCACGUAGAACACUUAACAAGGUAACUUCCCCGGUAUCAAACACUGUGGCCCAGACCCAAAAUGUACCACUUGCCGUCGUUUCUCCUCCAGUGGAGAACGGUGCGUCUGGUGGUAACGUUUUUAAGUUUCAGGGCGCCGAGAAGAUGGUAUCGCCAACAAACAACGUUGGGAAUCAGUUGUGUAAUGCUGGAAGACGAACCGUGCGUGCUCGACGAAAAAUGUAGGGGGAUACCUUGGUCCUCCCCGUGGUCCAGAAUAACACUGGAGAUAAUAAAGAAUCUAUUUCCAGAAGUGACAUCACUACUGAGCAGGAUUCUCCUGUGCCCAGUUGUGAGGCGGCCACAUCCGGAAGGAAAAUUGUCACUGCACGUAGAACACUUAACAAGGUAACUUCCCCGGUAUCAAACACUGUGGCCCAGACCCAAAAUGUACCACUUGCCGUCGUUUCUCCUCCAGUGGAGAACGGUGCGUCUGGUGGUAACGUUUUUAAGUUUCAGGGCGCCGAGAAGAUGGUAUCGCCAACAAACAACGUUGGGAAUUAGGUGUGUAAUGCUGGAAGGCGAACCGUGCGUGCUCGACGAAAAAUGAAAGAGGAUAACUCCUCACAGUGAGUUAACUGAGAUUCCUCAGAGGGACAUAUGGUCGUGGCACAUGUUGCGGAUGAUUGAGUCAUGACUCAGGUGGUCGCCGGUUAUAUUUUUUUUAUUGUAAAA